ACACAUUUGCAUGACAGCCCCUCCUCUGUGCGUCCCUCAGGGGAGGAUAAGAGAGGCCAGGGCAGCCCAGCCUCAGCUCAUGGCCUAAGCAGGACUGUGAGCACCAUGGCUGGGAUAUCUGCCCUCCUCGUGCUUCUCUCCCUAUGUGCAGGGUCCCUCUCCCAGCCUGUGCUGACUCAGCCGCCCUCCCUCUCUGCGUCUCCGGGAGAUUCAGCCAGACUGACCUGCACCCUGAGCAGUGGGACCGUUGUUGGUGGCUACCACAUAAACUGGUUCCAGAAGAAGGCAGGGAGCCCUCCCCGGUACCUGCUAAGGUUCUACUCAGACUCCAAUAAACACCAGGGCUCUGGGGUCCCGAGCCGCUUCUCUGGAUCCAAAGAUGCCUCGGCCAAUGCAGGGCUUCUGCUGAUCUCUGGGCUGCAGCCCGAGGACGAGGCUGACUAUUACUGCGGUACAUAUCACGGCAACACUGGUACUGCUGUGUUCGGCGGAGGGACCCAUCUGACCGUCCUGGGUCAGCCCAAGGCCGCACCCUCGGUCACCCUGUUCCCGCCGUCCUCUGAGGAGCUCAAAGCCAACAAGGCCACCCUGGUGUGUCUGAUCAGUGACUUCUACCCGGGCAACGUGACGGUGGCCUGGAAGCAAGAUGGCACCACCGUCACGCAGGGCGUGGAGACCACCAAGCCCUCGAAGCAGAGCAACAACAAGUACGCGGCCAGCAGCUACCUGACCCUGUCGCCCAGCACGUGGAAGUCUCACCGCAGCUACAGCUGUCGGGUCACGCACGAGGCGGGCACCGUGGAGAAGACGGUGUCCCCCUCCCAGUGUUAGGCCCCCGGGCCCCCACCCUCGGGGGCUUCCUCACCCAGACCCCCCUCCCCACUCUCCAUGGACCCCUGAGCCUCUGCCCAGGUCAGCUCAGACCAGGCAGGUCUCAUCCCGCCCUGUUCCUGCUCCCCCUUAAUAAAGACCUUGUCAUUUAUCAUCUGA